GUACGUACGUUUGUACAGCUAGCUCCAUAUGAUCGGUGCAUGUACAUGUACCGUGUACCGAGUCGGAAGCUGUACAAAAUUUGUGCUCGAUUCGAUUGUUUUUCUCCGUAAACCUGGCUCAAUCGUCAAGUGCUAACAUUCCAGAGUCAUUUAAGAGACGAAAGUUGAAUUCUUGGGAAUUAUUUCCAGGCGGGUCAGUAACGUCAGGCGGCAGUCAGGUGCCGGUAACGCCAGGCGGCGGUCAUUAAUCCAGACUUGGUUUUAGAAGUGAAAGGUCUCUAAGCGGUAGUAGGAUGAAGCUUUAUGCCAUCACUGUGCUGUACAAGGGCCAACCCAAAGUGGUUUCCUUAUCCAGUGCCUAUAAUCUAACAUCAUUCGGUUACUUCCAGAAAAGCAGUGUUCAAGAGUUUAUGAAGUUCACAUCUCGAAUUGUGGUGGAAAGGACACAGCCAGGCCUCAGGUCUACAGUGAAAGAACAAGAGUACAACUGUCACACAUACGUCCGAAGUGACUGUUUAUCGGGAGUUGUCAUCGCAGAUCACGAGUAUCCUUCAAGAGUUGCGUUUAGGUUUAUGAGCAAGGCCUUAGAUGAAUUUGCAACUGAGGUAUCCCCCAGCACGUGGCCCAGUGCAGCUGAGAACUCGAUAACGUUCAAGAAGUUGGAGGAAUACCUUGCCCUGUACCAAAACCCAUCCCAGGCAGACCCUAUGAUGAGACUUCAGAGUGACCUGGAUGAAACAAAAGUCAUCAUGCACGAUACAAUAGACGCCAUGUUACAGCGUGGCGAAAAGCUUGAUGACCUCGUAGCCAAAUCCAACGACCUUAGUGUACAGUCCAAGACAUUCUAUAAAACGGCAAAAAAGACGAAUUCCUGUUGUGUUAUCCAGUAGAAAGAAAGGAGACGAUUUUAAUUGGCAUUUACCUCGACCAGUGUGGAAUACAUGUCAGUGUUAGUCGGACUCACAAGCAUUCCACAUUAAUGUACACAAGCCCCUCCAUGUUGGAAGAUGUAUCAUGAUGGUGUAUCGAGUGAACCAAUGAGACUUUCGACUGUGGCAGCCAUCUUGGUCUGGUUUCAAGACCCAGUGGUUAUGGAUUGUUUAUGAAGCGGGUGACUGCAUCAGAGGUGCCAGUCUAACAUGCCUUGCUUUUGUGCACCCUUUCACAUGCAUGUUAAACAACCAAAAGUGGUUGCUGUAUAAAAAAUUGAUCUUUUUGUUCAGUGUGAGGAGAAAAGUUGAAAAAAUUAAACAGUCAUCACCCUUUUAAAUUUAUGUUUGGCAAAAGAUGUCGUCUUGAAGAAUGGAUAUUUUAAUAUAUGUACAUGUAUAUAAUAUUUUGUUGGUGAAGGCAAGGAAUUUAAGGGGAAAAAAUGGGGGGAAACACAUAAUAUGAAAAGACCUUCAUGCAACAAACUUGUACUUUGUGCGCCGUCUAAAUUUUUGUUAAUCCGAACUCAUAGAUGUGCUUCAUAUGAAUAAAACCUGUAGGAAGUACCAAAAUCAUGUAAACAGUCCCUGAUUUCAACUGACCUUUUGGAAAGGCCGAACCAUUGCUAAAAGAAAGUGUGGGUUUGUUUGCCUGUGGUAUAAAAGUAUGACAAAAAAAUUAAAGUUGUCCGAAAUAUUAUUUUAACAUAAUUUUUAAAAUUAAAAAUAUUAAAUUACAAAUAUAAAUUCCCAUGUAUGAAUAAGAAAGAUACCUUAAUUUGAGAAAACUUAAAGAAAUUGCUCAAAAUCUAAAGAAGGGUGCUUUACAACUAGCCUGAUGAAGUUUCAGCUCAGUGAAUGCUGCAUAUUCCAAGAAAACAAUAUUCUAGGUUUUCGAUUUCAGUUCAAAAUUUGCGGAGUCGUCUUUUGAUUUGCGCCCAAAUGAGCGUCCGGGACAGGUUCCUAUUCAGUCGAUGGCAGCUGCGUGAUGUCACGCACUGAACACCGUUACCAUUGGACCACAGCACCCCCACUACAGGUCAUCUAGAGGUCAUUUGAGGUCAUCGUUUACAAUUUUUUGACAAGGGCGACACAUGCAGACUGCGGACCACUUGUGUGCCAAGAGUUCCUGUAAGCUUUUGGUUUGGAAACUUAUGAAAGAACUGCAAGGAUGACUUUCAUUUGCAGGGUGGAAUCACUAGUAAUACACAUCACCAUUGUCAAGAUUGUUGGCAGAGCUGCAGUGCCAGUAUCCAAUAAGAAAAAUGUCUACUGCAUGCAUGAAGUGUCAAUGGCUGUGCUUGUAGUACAAGGUAUGCAUCCAUUUCAGUAUGCUCAUGUUCGUGUAAAUCAGUCACAAACCAAAUAGCAUUAUUCAUGAUUUAUGGCUUGCUACACAUGGCAGUCAAAUACUUCAUUAUCAGAUAAUGUUCUUUUGUCUUAACUUUAAUGUAUUGUUGAAACCAUUUUGAGCUGUGAAUUGUAAUGUCCAAUUUGCAUUAAUACUAUUUGUACUCCUAACUACCCAGUUGUGCACUUAGGAUUUGGCUUGGGGGAGGGCUCAAAUUUUUUUUUUCAAUUUUUUUGGAAGUAGAUUUUUUUUUUUUGAACAAAUAUUGCCCAAAAUGUUUGGCCGCAGAUUAAUAGGCGCAGAACAAAAUUGGGUGUUUUUUUCGGGGGCCAGACUAUUGUGAAGUUUGUGGUGCCACUAACACCCCUAUUAUACUACUCAAAAAUAGGCCACAAACAUAUCACCAAGGUCAAAUCGUGGGACCAAAAAAAAAAUUGACAACCUCUUUGGGGGGGGGGGGGCUCAAGCCCUCCCUUGGGUGCGCCACUCCAACAACCCAAAUUACUGUACUUGUGGUCAAAUUAUUAUGUUGUUGCCUGCAACUUACAUGUCCCGUAGUGGAGAUUGUUGCAGUAUCCAGCAGAAGCAAAAGUCGGAAAUAAAAAACAUUAAUUGUUGGGAAAUUGUUGUUUGUUGAAGUUGUGCUGGAAUAGAAUAAACGGGGCUGUGGGUGCUUUGUCCAAAAUGGUUGAUUGGCAUCACACCUAUGUUAAAGGUAGUAUC